AGGAUCCUUGGGCUAACGGCAGCGGCGGUGCCUGGGUGGCCGUGAGCCCCGCCAAAAGCAGGGGUGUGAACACGUUGCUCAGGAUCUCCGAAAUCGUCUUGUUCAUAGAUUGCGAGUAGCUAAUAUCAAAAUAAUCUCCAGUUAAGUGACUUGCUGCCGCUGAGCUCUGUAUAUGUGUGCGGCGGUGGCUGGGAGGAAGCCCACCUACCAAAAUCAAGGCACCACAGUGUGAGGUCUGUGAACUUAAUUUUUAAGAGUUGCUGACUGAGAUAGUUCUUUGGCCUAACAUUAUUCUAAAAGAGGCUGUGACUGGAAGAUGUAACUGUAAGAUGAGUGACCUUGGGCUGGACUUUCACCCCUCAAAUUCUUAUUCUUUCUGAAGCACCAUGAUGAGUGAAAGUGCCAGUGUUGCCAGUUUGGGGGCCAUGCCAACAGCUCAACCAUCCAAUACUGGAAUUCGAAAGCAGUGGCAUGAAGACAUUACUCAGGAUCUCCGAAAUCAUCUUGUUCAUAAAUUAGUGCAAGCCAUAUUUCCUACCCCUGACCCUGCCGCACUGAAGGAUCGACGCAUGGAGAACCUGGUGGCGUAUGCUCGGAAAGUGGAAGGAGAUAUGUACGAAUCGGCAAACAGCAGGGCGGAGUACUAUCACUUGCUAGCUGAGAAGAUCUAUAAGAUUCAGAAGGAAUUGGAAGAAAAAUGAAGGACCAGGCUGCAGAAGCAAAGCCUGAUACCAACUGCACCAGGCAUGCCACAGGCUCCCAUGAAUCAAGGGCCCAGCCUGGGACAGCCUCAGCCAGGGAUGUCUGCAACUCUGGAGGAUUGUUUGAGAGACCUGAACCUGGAGGAUCACUGAUACUACUGAAAUGUGCCAGGGAAGUUGCAUGCAGCAGGAUUUGAGAGGUCACUGCCACUCUCAAUCUGUAAUUAGAAUGUUGCCCAAGUCACUGCCCAGAAUGCUCUAUGUGGUCAGCGCUGAUAAUGACUCUCCUUUGCUAUUAGAAGGACAAGCUGUAGCCUCAUUUUAGAACCUUUGGAUUGUCUGAAACAGCAAUCCAUAUGGGUCUGUAACAUACAUAAAAGUGAACUAAGCUUUUUCUUGCUGCUUGACUUUAGGCUGCAACUAACACUUCACUAUAUGCACAAGACAGGAACUGUACAUGGUUCACAUGUUAUUUGUUCAGCUAUUCACUACAAACUCUGCACAAAGUAGAAAUGUUCAAUACAAGCACUUAUUUGCUUAUUUUUUAUAGUGUUAGCAGAAUGAAGGGGAUAACAACAACAACAACAACAACAAAAAGGAGUAGAGUGGAAAGUAGAACCAACUUCAGUGGUUCUUCUUCUUAAAAGAGAAUCACUGCCAGAAACAUACUGAGAGACAAUUGCUUCUUGGCUGUCUUCAACAGUGAGCUGGGAUGAAGGAUGUUGCUUGCAAUAAGGCUAAGACCACAGUAGUCUCUUAUGGAAGAAAAAAAAGCCAAGAGGGACAGAAGCCAUUUUAGUAUUAAGAAGCUAUGAUAUAAAUGCAUACAAAUUUUAGAACCAAUCGAUAGUACUGUAAGCACUUCAAGAGCUUUAUUGCAUUGGGAAUGCUUUGUUUGCCGAAUAAAAUAUCUAUUUAUGUAUGAAA